AUAACAACAGUAACAUUGCAUUAACAAUGGUAUUUAACCUGGCUUCCAGGUGUUGGAAUUAUCUAGUAUAUCCUAAGGCAAUUAAUAUAGUUUGAGUGAGAUGGGUUCUGUUGUUUUUAUCUUCAAAGCUGCUUUCCUAUAUUUAACAACUCAAAACCUUUCAUCAUUUGCUUGAUUCUUGUUUCUACUCCAUCUUUAUUCUUUACUCAUAUCAUAUGGAGCCUUCCAAUAUCUUCGGAGGCGCCGAAGAAUGCCACAGCAGUGAAUCAGGGUGGACAAUGUACAUUGGUGACGCCGCAGCCGACGAUGACGGCGACGCAGGCACUGAUGCUGACCACGACGACGACGAUGAUGAUGGUGAUCGUUUCGACGGUGCUGACGAAAGCCAAACAGAUGCCAAUCAUGAAGCCGAAACUGAUGACUCUAUGGCCUCCGAUGCUUCUUCUGGUCCAAGCCAUCGUUUGGAGCAGGAGGUGGAGGGUGAGGAAGAGGGCCGCCAUUGUUAUUCAGACAAGAAAGCUAGGAAAUCAUCAGUGGGCAGCAAACAAAAGCCUGGAACGAAAAGGAAAGAAGACAAGGAAGAGAUGAGGAGGUUGAAGACAAAAGAAUCUAGCACUCAAUCUCCAAGUGGUUCCAGGAAAAACAUCUGGUUCGGUAAAAGAAAGUAG